AUGAACGACGAAGAGCUUGAAUUCUUCCAGGAGCAAGGACUUGUAUGCCAGGACGUUAUUGCUAGUGGAUCCUAUGGUAUUAUCUAUAAUGUCUAUCAUCGUGCAUACAAUACAAAUUUCGCUCUGAAGAAAAUCCCACAAAAGUUCUUCCAUGAAGGUGAAAUAGAGUGCCUCAUGAACAUUGAUGAUCCAAGAAUAGUUAGACUUUAUAAAUACUACAAGUUCAAUGAAUAUGUUUACUUAUUGAUGGAAUAUUGCCCAUCUGAUUUAGAGAAGUAUAUGAGAACUCAUUCAAUAACAAGCCAAGAAGAAAUGAAGCGCAUUAUUCAUGACGUUAUAGCUGCUAUUAAGGUCUGUCAUGAUAGAAACAUCGCGCAUUGUGACAUAAAGCCUUCGAAUUUUUUAAUUGAUAAUUAUGGAAGAAUAAAAAUCGGAGACUUUGGUCUUUCUAUGAUAGAUUCUCAAUCAUGCUGCUGCAGAGGUACCCCUUUAUUUAUGGCACCAGAAGUUUACUUGAAGAAUGGAUAUGAUCCAAUUCUCGCUGAUGUCUGGUCCGUAGGCGUUCUAACGUUUCUCAUUGCAACUGGUGAAUUUCCAUUCUACGGAAAGGAUAGAAAUACUUUGGCUCAGUCCAUAAGAGGUGGAUUUUAUAAUGACCGUGAAGUUAAAGAUCAUUACUUGAAAAAUCUUAUCAGACACUGUCUAGAUAAAAAUCCACAAAACAGACCAAAGAUUUCGGAACUUCUCGGAUUUCAAUAUUUCCAGAAUUCCUUAAAGGUUCCAGAAUUUUCAAAGCAAGACCAGUUCCUUUCUACUUGCAGACUCGUUAGACCAAAGAUUGAAAAGCGUAGAUCCUCCUUCGGAGAUCAAUUUGUAAGAAUCCCCAAAAUCAAGAUCCAUCGCAACUCCAACGAUUCAAUAUUAGUAUAA